AUGAGCGAAUAAAAAAAUAAAGAUAGCAUAGGUGUAAGAUAAAUCAAUGGUAAAACUUUAACUAUAUAUCAUAACAUUAAUUCAAAGAAUAUAAAACUUAGCAGAUUAAGUUAUGCAAAGAUUAACUUGCUUUAUUAAUCCGUCAUUAUAUAAUAUUAAACUAGAUCAGAAAUAAUCUUAUACUCCAUGGUUGAUUAAAAUUAUUAAACAGAUGUUGAAAAGGUAAAACUUUAUUAAAUAGUUUAUUAGUGCAUUAAAUAAAUCAGGAUGGUUUAUAUUCACAAUCGAGGCGUUUUUGCAAGUCAGAAAUCCUUUUGUAAAUCACUAAGAGUUUAGCUCAGUUUUCUUUGA